GCUCCUUCAAUCACGAGGCAUUAUCACGUAAAACCGUCGCACCAAAGCUGCAGCGAGUGACCUUCGCGAUCUCUCUAACUACCAAUUUUCCCAUCCGCUCAUUCUUUCAAAAUUUUUCGGAUCACCUCUCGACCCUGUACAUCGUUUCUCAAUUCUCAUCCAUUUCUUUGUCUGGGUAUUUCACAUUGGCAUCAUCUCCCCACAACUUCUCCGAAAGUUUCAAUCUUUACCCAUAAAAAAGAAAACUUCGAUCCCUCUCUCUUUUCCAGCCUCUGCGAGCGAUUCUUGAUCUUCCGGAGAGUUUUAAGGUUUUCCUGUUGAUGUCAUUGGCUGCUGGAGCGGCUUCGAGUUCUGGGACCAUGGGGCUUGAUGAGGACCCAGAAGUUUCAGAGGGUAAUAAUGCCAAAUCCAUGGCGGAUGAUGAAACGGACGGGGAAGUGGCCGAGAAGAAGAUUUCCAGGCAUAUGAGUGAGAGCUCUAUGUACACUACUGAGGAUGAGGAUGAUGAUGAGGCUGAUAAUAAGAUUCAAUUGGGCCCUCAGGUUACUCUCAAGGAACAAUUUGAGAAAGAUAAGGAUGAUGAGAGCUUGAGAAGGUGGAAGGAGCAACUUCUUGGGAGUGUGGAUAUAAAUUCUGUUGGGGAAACUCUGGAUCCCGAAGUUAAGAUUCUGAGCCUUGUAAUCAAAUCUCCUGAAAGAUCAGAUAUUGUUCUCCCAAUCCCUGAAGAUGGAAACCCUAGCAGCCCAUGGUUUACACUGAAAGAAGGCAGCCGUUACAGCCUAACAUUUUCAUUCCAGGUCAGCAAUAACAUUGUAUCUGGUUUCAAGUAUGCAAACACUGUUUGGAAAACUGGUAUAAAAGUUGAUGGGACAAAGCAAAUGAUAGGCACAUUUAGUCCUCAGGCAGAGUCUUACACACAUGAAAUGCCCGAAGAGACAACUCCAUCUGGCAUGUUUGCUAGGGGAUCAUACUCUGCCAAGUCAAAGUUCACGGACGAUGACAACAAAUGCUACCUGGAGAUCAACUACACUUUUGAAAUCAAGAAAGAAUGGCCAGCAACAUAAAUGCUGUUAUUGAUGAACUGUUCCACCUGAAGUGUUCUUGUUUCACUGUUUGAGUUUUUUUCCUUACCCCUUUUUUCCCUUUCUGGUGGUUUCUGAUAUUGGAAAGGUGGUGGAAAGUCCAACCGAGCUUCAUCGUUUGUGCGAUGAUUGAGGGGGGUUUUUCUUUUGACAGUUAGAAUCUUGUUUGUUGAGUUUUAUAGCUUUCCCCAUAUGUGUUCUUUGAUGAUUAAGAUUGGAGACUAUUAUAUUAGUCAAGAAAUUGUUCUGACUUGA